AUGGCCAAAAAACUUCGUAAAAUCACCAUUCAAGCCCCAAAGUCGAGUGAGCCCGCGAGUCCGACUUCAAAUUCGCAAACUGAUGAGACCGUAAUUGGAACCCCGACAUCUCCGCCGCCAUUUACAUCAGGACCGUGGGAUGAAAUCAAAGACCCAUCUAAAGACUUGAACAGGCCACUGCCAGGAUGGCCACUUGUGUCUAAAUUGAUUGCGCAAUACCCAGAUCUCGAAGCGUUCAAAGCCUUCCGUGACCUUAACAUCAAAAGUCUGCUCUAUUAUCAAGCAGAACUAGAGAACCUAAGUAGGAAGCUACAUCAGGCAGAAUAUAAUGAACAUCGCCAGGGUGAGCAAGAGGGCAUAACAAGAGCUUCAAUGAUGGCGAUGAAUUUGGACUACUAUCUUAUACAUGCUCGAAUGGACGAUAACAAGUGCAAGUCUAAGCAAGUGAAGAUUAUGAAGCAAAUAAGAGUCGUUUUGAAAGAAUACAAUGAUGCCUUAUUACAAUACUCCCAAAUUUCAGCAUUGCCGAGGGCAGAUCCAUACAAUGUGGAGACUCUAAGGACCUGGCUGAAGAGAGUGGGUGAACAUUGUAUCAGUGGGGAUGCGGCAUGUAUAUGGGGUGACUAUACAGAAAAUGUAGUCGAAGCAAAGCCUUUGAAAUGGCAGUUUGUCAGUCUUGUGCGCAGUAUCUUUUGGCCAACAGCUCCUAAUCCUGACAAUCUCGAUCUUAUUGUGCCUCGAAAAGGUCAUACGGUUGACGGUCUAACUUUGUGGGUCGCUAACGAAUUUGUCCCAUUUUGGCACAGCAUCAAACAAGCGUUACGGCGAAAGAAAAGAAAGACUAUUUCUGAAGAAAACGGGCUGCCCACUACUGAAAAUAAAAGCCACUCGCUCUUUGAAAAAAUCGAAAGUUCAGGAAGCUCCCGCUCUUGGUUUUCUCGCAGGAAGUCUAUCUUUAGCACAGCAGAGGGAGAUCAAAAGUCAAAGGAUAGGGCUGGGCUUACUGUUUACUCUGAAGCACGCAUGUUACGCUUUACCUCAGCUGUAGCCACGGUCAUUGCGUGCCUGUUACCCACUGUUGCCAUCGCAGUACUUUCAAGUCUUGAAUCUACCAGAGAGCUACUUGGAGUUAUUGCAGCAUUUACAGCAAUCUUUGCGAUGGGACUUAUGUUUUUGACUGAUGCCAGUACAUCGAGGGUUGAGAUAUUUACCGCUACCGCCGCUUUUUCCGCCGUCAUGGUAGUAUUUGUGCAAAACCAAAAUGUCUAUACUGGCGCGUCUCAAGGCAGUCCAGGAACCCGAAUGACGAACGGGACAAAUUCAACGAGUUGA